CUUUCUAUCAACUCUCUCCCCUUCUUCCUCUUCUUCCUCUCACUCCAAUUAACCAACAUCUCCAUUUUCUAGAUAGAGAAACUAAAACAUGAAUGCUCUCUUCUUCCUUCGUACUGCUCCAUAAUCUUAACCAUCAAUCUCUCAUCACCACGGCUCAAAUCGUACAAUUCAUCUCUGCUGUAUAUUGGGCAGGAAGCUCCAUCGUCAUCGUCUUCUUCUUCUUCUUCAAUCAUCCACCGGCCAGGCCACCAUGAGUCACGCUCACAGCCAUAGCCAGGACGACGCGGCCACCACGGCUGCGACCACCACUGCAAAGCUCGACGACGGCCACGAGCUCGACAUGGUCAUGCCGGGGUUUCGAUUUCAUCCCACAGAAGAAGAACUCGUGGAAUUCUACCUUCGCCGUAAGGUUGAGGGAAAGCGUUUCAAUGUCGAGCUCAUUACUUUCCUUGAUCUCUAUCGCUAUGACCCCUGGGAGCUUCCUGCCAUGGCGGCGAUUGGGGAGAAGGAAUGGUAUUUCUAUGUGCCGAGAGAUCGAAAGUAUCGAAACGGCGAUCGGCCGAACCGUGUAACGACGUCGGGAUACUGGAAAGCCACCGGAGCUGAUAGAAUGAUCAGAACUGAGAACUUCCGGUCGAUUGGGCUCAAGAAAACCCUAGUUUUCUACUCCGGCAAAGCUCCCAAAGGUAUCAGAACCAGUUGGAUCAUGAACGAGUAUCGCUUGCCUCAUCACGACACUGAACGAUACCAGAAGGCUGAGAUAUCACUGUGUCGUGUGUACAAGAGACCAGGAGUAGAAGACCACCCUUCACUUCCUCGUUGUCUGCCAACGAGGCCAUCUUCAUCCUCGAGAGCUUCUUCGCACUCAUCAGACAAGAGCAUCAGCAAGCACAGCAGCGAAACGUUUCAUCAUCAUCAUCAACAGAGCAACAACAUAGAAUUCGUGGGACCAAGUACGAUGAUGAGUAACUAUAAUCAUCAUCGAACGGAGGAUCAGUUGGAAAAACCUCUGCAGACGAUGAUAAUAAUAAUAAUCAAGGGGUCUCUAUAG